CCUCUCACAAAAUCACAAUUUUUCACUUUUAAACUCUCAAAUCUAAAAUGGCUUCAAUUUUCAACAUUCUCUCCAUCACUCUUUUCCUUGCCCUAGUUUUCCAAGCUAAUGGACAACCUUGUGCUUUGAAUGCGAUUGAGGUUAAACAAACCAAAACAUCAGGCUCAGCGUGGAAUGUUACCGUGACCAACAACUGUAUUUGUACUCAAUCACAAGUGAAGUUCAAUGCAAAUGGAUUUAAAUCAAGCACACCUGUUGAUCCAGCAAUAUUUAGCCAAGAUGGUCUUCUCAUUCAAGGAGCACCACUUUAUGGAUUUAAAUCUGUCUCCUUCACCUAUACUUCUGAUUCUCAAUUUACAUUUACACCAAUUUCUUCCCAAGUUGCAUGUUCUUAGAUGUUAGAAGAACUAUAAGUUAUUGUUAAACAAAAAUAAAGUAGUUACGGAUUGUUUAAGUUUUGAAACCACUAUGAGACAUUAUAUUAUAUUGUAAUAUCAAAUAUAUUUAGCCAUAUAUGAUAUUUUCUGUUUCUUUUUAAA